AUGGCAGAAGUGAUUUGUGUAGCGCAAGAUAAUCUAAUUGUAACCCCCCUUUUUCAUGUUCCUUGUUUAUACUCCCCUAUUUCUUUUUUUCCUCUCUUCACCUCGCUCUUGUUCCUUUCCCUCUUUCAUUUCUAUCAGCCUUUUUACUCUUUACAGAAGUGUCAUUACCCCCACUUUUUCAUGUUCCUUGUUUAUACUCCCCUAUUUCUUUUCUUUUCCUCUUCCUUCACCUCGCUCUUGUUCCUUUCCCCUCUUUUCAUUUCUAUCAGCCUUUUACUCUUUACAGAAGUGUCACUACCCCACUUUUUUCAUGUUCUUGUUUAUACUCCCCCUAUUUCUUUUCUUUUCCUCUUCCUUCACCUCGCUCUUGUUCCUUUCCCCCUUUCCUAUCAGCCUUUUCUUUCAUUUCUUUUUCAUGUUCCUUGUUUAUACUCCCCUAUUUCUUUUCUUUUCCUCUUCCUUCACCUCGCUCUUGUUCCUUUCCCCCCCUCUUUACACUUUUUUCAUGUUCCUUGUUUAUACUCCCCUAUUUCUUUUUCUUUUCCUCUUCCUUCACCUCGCUCUUGUUCCUUUCCCUCUUUCAUUUCUAUCAGCCUUUUACUCUUUACAGAAGUGUCAUUACCCCUACUUUUCAUGUCCCUUUUGUUUAUACUCCCCUAUUUCUUUUCUUUUCCUCUUCCUUCACCUCGCUCUUGUUCCUUUCCCUUUCAUUUCUAUCAGCCUUUUACUCUUUACAGAAGUGUUACUUUUUCCCCUUCCUUACCUCGCUCUUGUUCCUUUCCCUCUUUCAUUUCUAUCAGCCUUUUACUCUUUUUUACAGAAGUGUCAUUACCCCUACUUUUUUUCAUGUUCCUUGUUUAUACUCCCCCCUAUUUCUUUUCUUUUCCUCUUCCCUUCACCUCGCUCUUGUUCCUUUCCCCUCUUUCAUUUCUAUCAGCCUUUUACUCUUUACAGAAGUGUCAUUACCCCCCACUUUUUCAUGUUCCUUGUUUAUACUCCCCCUAUUUCUUUUCUUUUCCUCUUCCUUCACCUCGCUCUUGUUCCUUUCCCCUCUUUCAUUUCUAUCAGCCUUUUACUCUUUACAGAAGUGUCAUUACCCCCUACUUUUUCAUGUUCCUUGUUUAUACUCCCCCUAUUUCUUUUCUUUUCCUCUUCCUUCACCUCGCUCUUGUUCCUUUCCCCUCUUUCAUUUCUAUCAGCCUUUUACUCUUUACAGAAGUGUCAUUACCCCCUACUUUUUCAUGUUCCUUGUUUAUACUCCCCCUAUUUCUUUUCUUUUCCUCUUCCUUCACCUCGCUCUUUUCCUUUCAUUUCUAUCAGCCUUUUUCUUUUACAGAAGUUCCCCUCUUUUUCAUAUGUUCCUUGUUUAUACUCCCCCCUAUUUCUUUUCUUUUCCUCUUCCUUCACCUCGCUCUUGUUCCUUUCCCUCUUUCAUUUCUAUCCUUUUACAGAAGUGUCACUACCCUACUUUUUCAUGUUCCUUGUUUAUACUCCCCUAUUUCUUUUCUUUUCCUCUUCCUUCACCUCGCUCUUGUUUCCUUUUCCCUCUUUCAUUUCUAUCAGCCUUUUACUCUUUACAGAAGUGUCCCCCUACUUUUUCAUAUUUCUUGUUUAUACUCCCCUAUUUCUUUUUCUUUUCCUCUUCCUUUCCUCUUGUUCCUUUCCCCUCUUUCAUUUCUAUCAGCCUUUACCUCUUUAACAGAAUUGUCAUUACCCCCUACUUUUCAUGUUCCUUGUUUAUACUCCCCUAUUUCUUUUUUUUCUCUCUUCCUUCACCUCGCUCUUGUUCCUUUCCCUCUUUCAUUUCUAUCAGCCUUUUACUCUUUACAGAAGUGUCAUUACCCCACUUUUUCAUGUUCCUUGUUUAUACUCCCCCCUUUUCUUUUCUUCCUUCUCGCUCUUGUUCCUUCACCUCGCUCUUUUUGUUCCUUGUUUUUCCCCUAUUUCUUUCUUUUUCCUCUUCCUUAUCAGCUUUCAUUUUAUCACCUUUUUACUCUUUACAGAAGUGUCACUACCCCCCACUUUUCAUGUUCCUUGUUUACCCCUAUUUCUUUUUCUUUCCUCUUUUCUCCUCGGUUCCUUUUCCCUCUUUCAUUUCUAUGUUUUACUCUUUACAGAAGUGUCACUACCCCCACUUUUUCCUUUGUUUAUACCCCCUAUUUCUUUUCUUUUCUCUUCCUCACCUCGCUCUUGUUCCUUUCCCCUUUCAUUUCUAUCAGCCUUUUACUCUUUACAGAAGUGUCAUUACCCCCUACUUUUUCAUGUUCCUUGUUUAUACUCCCCUAUUUCUUUUCUUUUCCUCUUCCUUCACCUCGCUCUUGUUCCUUUCCCUCUUUCAUUUCUAUCAGCCUUUUUCUUUUUAGAAUUGUCAUUUACACUUUUUCAUGUUCCUUGUUUAUACCCCCUAUUUUUUUUUUUUUUCAUGUUCCUUUGUUUGUUCCUUUCCCCCUUUAUUUUUCAGCCUUUUCUUUUCCUCUUCCUUCCUUGUUUAUACCCCCCCUUUUUCUUUCGCUCGCUCUUGUUCCUUUCCCCUCUUUCAUUUCUAUCAGCCUUUUUACUCUUUACAGAAGUGUCUUUUUACCCCCUUGUUUUACUCAUUUUUUUCAUGUUCCUUGUUUAUACUUUCCCCUUUUCAUUUCCUUUUUCUUUUCCUCUUCCUUCACCUCAUGCUCUUGUUCCUUUCCCUCUUUCAUUUCUAUCAGCCUUUUACUCUUUACAGAAGUGUCAUUACCCCCUACUUUUUCAUGUUCCUUGUUUAUACUCCCCCUAUUUCUUUUCUUUUCCUCUUCCUUCACCUCGCUCUUGUUCCUUUCUCUUUCAUUUCUAUCAGCCCUUUACAGAAGUGUUUACCCCUACUUUUUUUCAUGUUCCUUGUUUAUAUCCCCCUAUUUCCUUUUCCUCUUUUCACAGAAGCUCUUGUUCCUUUCCCCUCUUUCAUUUCUAUCAGCCUUUUACUCUUUACAGAAGUGUUUUACUUUUCAUGUUCCUUGUUUAUACUCCCCCUAUUUCUUUUCUUUUUCUUUUCCUUUCUUUUUCUUUCCUUCACCAUGUUCGCUCUUGUUCUUGUUCCUUUCCCCUCUUUCAUUUCUAUCAGCCUUUUACUCUUUACAAGUGUCAUUUACCCUUGUUUAUACUCCCCCUACUCUUCCUUCACCUCGCUCUUGUUCCUUUCCCUCUUUCAUUUCUAUCAGCCUUUUACUCUUUACAGAAGUGUCAUUACCCCCCUUUUUCAUGUUCCUUUAUCUUUUUCUUUUCUUUUCCUCUUCCUUCACCUCGCUCUUGUUCCUUUCCCUCUUUCAUUUCUAUCAGCCUUUUACUUUUUACAGAAGUGUCAUUACCCCCUACUUUUCAUGUUCCUUGUUUUAUACUCCCCUAUUUCUUUUCUUUUUCCUCUUCUUCACCUCGCUCUUGUUCCUUUCCCCCUUUCAUUUUAUCAGCCUUUUUACUCUUUUUGUCGUACCCCCUACUUUUUCAUGUUUUAUACUCCCCCUAUUUCUUUUCUUUUCCUCUUCCUUCACCUCGCUCUUGUUCCUUUCCCUCUUUCAUUUCUAUCAGCCCCUCUUUACAGAAGUGUCAUUACCCCCUACUUUUUCAUGUUCCUUGUUUAUACUCCCCCUAUUUCUUUUCUUUUCCUCUUCCUUCACCUCGCUCUUGUUCCUUUCCCCUCUUUCAUUUCUAUCAGCCUUUUACUCUUUACAGAAGUGUCAUUACCCCUUUUUUUCAUGUUUCCUUGUUUUUCCCCAUUUUCUUCCUUCCUGUUUGUUCCUUUCCCCUCUUUCAUUUCUAUCAGCCUUUUACUCUUUACAGAAGUGUCAUUACCCCACUUUUUUCAUGUUCCUUGUUUAUACUCCUAAUUUCUUUUCCUCUUCCUUCACCUCGCUCUUGUUCCUUCCCCUCUUUUCAUUUCUAUCAGCCUUUUUACUCUUUACAGAAGUGUCAUUUACCCCUACUUUUUCAUGUUCCUUGUUUAUACUCCCCUAUUUCUUUUCUUUUCCUCUUCCUUCACCCCUCGCUCUUGUUCCUUUCCCUCUUUCAUUUCUAUCAGCCUUUUACUCUUUACAGAAGUGUCAUUACCCCCCUACUUUUUCAUUCAUUCCUUGUUUUCCCCUAUUUCUUUUCUUUUUCCUUUCCUUCACCCCCCAUUUCUUUCAUUUCUUUUUUUCUCUGUUCCUUUUUUUUCCUCCCCUAUUUCUUUCUUUUUUUUCUAUCUUGUUCCUUUUUUCAUUACCCCCUUUUUUUCAUGUUCCUUGUUUAUACUCCCCUAUUUCUUUUUCUUUCCUCUUCCUUCACCUCGCUCUUGUUCCUUUCCCCUCUUUCAUUUCUAUCAGCCUUUUACUCUUACAGAAGUGUCAUUACCCCCCCACUUUUUCAUGUUCCUUGUUUAUACACCCCCUAUUUCUUUUCUUUUCCUCUUCCUUCUCCUCACUCUUGUUCCUUUCCUCUCUUUCAUUUUUCUCGGCCAUCUGCUCUCUAGAAAAAUUACUUUGCUCCUUUCUCUUCAUUUUUUUUAUACUUCAUCUUUAUUUACUCUUUUUCCUCUUUCUUCACCUUAUUGUCGACCGCUUCAUUACUUUUUAUUUUAAACUUUUUUUUUACUAUUCCUUUCCUUUCUCCCUUUUUAUCUUCUUGAAUCAUCUUUUUUACGUCAUUUUUGUUAACUUCUUUCUCUCUCUCCCCCACCCCGUUUCGUUCCUUCUUCUUGCAUUUCCUUUUCUUUCCCUCUUCUCUUUCCUUUUCUUUAUCCUUCACUUUCUUCGCUCCUCCUCACUAUCAUCAUUAUUAUCUUCUUUCGACUUUUCUGUUUCUUCUCACUACCCACGUCAUCGUCUCUUUGUUCCUCACUAUAUUUUCGUUUCCUUUUUUUGUCUCAUCUUCCAUUUCCAUUUUCUUUUUCUUCUUCUUCUUCUCACCACCUCCAUUGUCUUAUCCCAUUCUAUGUUCCCUUUUCCUCCUCUUCGUCUUCAUUCUUCUCUUUUUACUAAGAUGACUAGACGUAAUACAGUUUCGUUUCUUUCAUUCUCAUAUUACUUCAUGUUCACUCUUAUUCAUCAUAAUGUUCGAGAGGGUAAACAUUCAUUUCAUUUUUUUCUUUUUUCCUUUCUUUUUUCCUUUCUUUUUUCUUUCUUCUUUGUUUCGUUUUUUUUUCGUUUUCUUUCUUUUUCUCUUUUUCUGUUUCUCUUUCUUUUUCUCUCUCUUUUUCUGUUUCUCUUUCUUUUUCUCUUUCUUUUUCUCUUUCUUUUUCUCUUUCUUUUUCUCUUUCUUUUUCUCUUUCUCUCUCUCUCUCUCUGUCUUUCUUUUUCUCUCUCUUUCUGUUUUUCUGUUUCUUUUUCUUUCUGUUUCUUUUUCUUUCUUUCUCUUUUUUUCUUUCCUUUUAUUCAUUCAUUCAUUCAUUCAUUCAGAACGAAUAGCGUCUCUGAUACAUCUUUUCAUGCGGUCAAAAUGGAAUAG